CCGCCUCCAUGAAAGUAAAUAUUGGGGUUUUUACACGAUGUUUGAUUUUAGUUAUUUAUGUUGUUAAUGUGACUUACAUGAGAUAACUGCAUAUCGAAAUACGGCUACAGUAGUGACAAGUACCGAGGACAAGUAAGAAUGUCGGAUUCGAUUCAGCGUAGAGGCGGGAAGCAAAGUGAGGAAAACCAUGACAUGAAGGAAGGAAUGGUCUGUAUCUGGCAAGGUUACAUGGGUGACCUUGGGAUCAGAACAUACCCUGUGUUCUCCACCAAGAAGGUCAAGAAGGUCGCUGUGGGAGGCAACCACCUCCUCUUUCUCACGGCUGACCUUGAGGUUUACAGUUGUGGGCAGAAUGGUCAUGGUCAGCUUGGUCAUGGUGACCUUGAUGGUGAAGUCACAGAACCAAAGGUCAUCAAGGAGCUAUCAGAUAAGGAUGUAGUGGACAUAGAGUGUGGAAAGAACCAUAGUGCAGCGGUCACUGCAAGUGGCCAAAUCUACUGCUGGGGUCAGGCUAGUCAUGGACAGUGUGCUGUGUCAAAUACUGCAACAGUUACCUCCCCUCGUCAAACAAUCAUCAUAGAUGAAUCAAAGUGUUGUGAGCAUGGUAUACCUUUAGCCGAGGGUCAUGUGACUGUUGCCAUGGUAAGCUGUGGGGCGGAGCACACUGUUGCAUUAUCUACAUCAGGGGAUGUUUGGGUGUGGGGAAGUGGAAUUCAGCUAGGACUAGGGGAGGUAACUCAGUCGGAUGUGCCAAAGAGGGUUGAGAUCUUAAGGGAGAAAACUGUGUUAUCUGUGUGUUGUGGUGACUUCCAUACUCUGGCACUGGUGGAGAAGUCGGAGAAAGAUGGUGUAAGGAGGAGAAAGAAGGGACAAGAAGCAACAGAAAUCCAAACUCAGAAGUAUUUCCCACCUUUGUGUAAGAAAUGCAAUAAGGAGAUUUACACAUACACAGACACUAAUGACACAUGUAUCAUAGAUUCGGAGCAUCUGUGUCGAGACAGCUCUGAGGAGACAUGCCGGAGCAACACCUCUAGUCUUGUGACAGGGACAGACGUCGGGAGCUCUAUCAGCUCCUGUCCAGACAUCCAGAGUCCAGAAGAUGCACAGAACACAGGCCACACUGCCAGCCAGGAGUCCAUACAUUCUGAAAAGGAAUUAGAUGUGAGCGUGGACUCUAGAGACACAGUCGUAGAAGCCUCGGGGCAUUCUUGUGAUGCUCUAGAUGAACUUGAUCAUGAUCUUCCAGAAGGUGGAGAAGCUGCUGGUGGGAGGAGUAGGUCUGCAAUCAAGGAUGAUGUGAGGCAAGAGAGGGCUGAUAGUGAAAACAGAGAAGAUGUCAAGGUAGCUAAAGUUUCUACUUUGUCCCUUGAUGGACAGCCUCAAACCCAAGCGGCUGAAGUUGAACAGAUAACAGAAUCUAUACCUGAUGUUGAUGCCAAGGCAUCAGAAGAGUCGGACUCUGGUAAGGAUACUGUUAAGGAAACUUGUAAGGGUACUGAUGAAGAGAAGAGAACUGGCGCUACCCAUCCUGUGAACAGAGAUGAGGAAGUUGUGUGGAGACGUGCUAUCUCCCUUGAGGAGGAGAGGCAGAGGGAGCAGGAUCUCUCUGAGGAACAUACCAGACUACAGAGAUCCAAAAGCUUCCUGGAUGAGAAAGAAGCCAGGGAAUACUUAGCCAAACAAUUUGAGGAUGAGAAAUCAGAAAAAGAAGCUUCAUCUAGUCAAGGAUUUCAAAUUCGCUCAACAAUUCAAAACCUUAUCCCAUACCCUUCAAACAUGAUGGAAUCUGUGAAAACAAUGACAUCCAAAGCUUUGACUAAUAUGCAGACAAUUGCAGAGAAUCUUCCAUUUGUGUCUGGACCAAAUACCGAUCUGGGCAAUGUUUCUGCAGAUGCUGAUACUAUCAUUGGAGUUGCUGAAACUGAAAUGAGUGUACAGGAGAAGGCGAUGGUGACGAGUAACAGCAGUCUGGAGAUUUCCAGUCCUGGCCAUGAAGAGAUGCAGGAGUCCAGCUUCAUCGAGAUGCUGAACCAGGACAUAAGUUUUCUCUCACCGGACUCUGCGAAUUCUACCCCGGUCCGAGAGCGGACUCCAGAGGAGGAGGAGGAAGUACAAGCUAACAGGAAGUCCAAGUCGGUGAGGACUCUCUGGGCUAAGGAGGACCAGCUCGACAAACGAUUGUCUCAAGACUCGCUAAAAGGGUCUGACAGCUCUGUGUCUGUGGAGGCCAUUCCGAAGGUGUCGCUGGACACAGAGGUUUGGUCAUGGGGUCACAACAGCAAGGGUCAACUUGGCCAAGGAGACCAGGUGAACAGAAUAAGGCCAUGUUGUGUGAAGAUGUUCAGCUCCAGAUGUGUCCUGAAACUGACCGCUGGCGCCAACCAUAGCCUGGCCUUGACCUCUGUAGCUCAAGUGUAUUCCUGGGGUCACAAUGCCUACGGUCAGCUUGGUCACAACGAGAAUGAAGCAUCUCCUAACAGAGUAAAGUUCAUGCGAGGAUAUUAUGUGUGGGACAUAGCGGCUGGCGACGCCCACUCUCUCUUUCUCACUGACAGCUCGGGAAUGAAGCCAGAUGUUUUCUAUUGUGGGAAACAACCCUCAGCGGAUGUAUAUGCAACUGUCAACAAAACACCAGUGCCUAAUGCCCUCAGUCUACUCAAGAAAACUGGUUGGUUAAAGAGCCUGUCAUCUAGGGGAAACAACUGUGCCUGCCUGUUGUCUGACCCGGCGGUAGCUCUCCCUGCCCUGUAUGAACUGGCUGCUAUUCAGAGAGGGUUUUACUAUCACCUGAACAGAAUCAAGAUGGACCUGCUGAAACCCCUCAGCAGUCAUAUCUUCUACACCAGUCUGGAUGUGUUCCCCUACAAGUCCACACUGCAGAACCUGCUGGCUUCCUUCUACGUCCUCACGAGGAAUGUGGGAGAGCAGAUAGGUGAGAUGACAGUGGUGAUACGAGAGGGGCUGAAACUCACUGAAGCCAGCCAGUUCAAGAACUACAGUGAACCAAUCGACAUGACUCAGAGAUACUCACGAUUCCUUGCAGACUUUAUCUCUGUUGGAGGAUUUGAAUUCUGUGCUAAGAAUGGAAGUGCCUUUUUUGAGAAGAUUCAGGGCAAGUUCCCGGACUUGAUCCUGGAGAAGAAGGUAGACAAGUCUCUGUGGGCCCCCAACUUCCGCAAGGUCAUGAUGUUCCCCCUCCAGAGACUGAAGGACUUCUGUAGACACCUCUCCAAACUCACAGACUCUCUCCAGCAGGACUCUGUGGCACACAAACUGCUGAAGAAGUCUGUGUUAAACUGGGAAAGUCUCAAGAUGACAACUUUGAAUGAGAUUGUCAUCGCUGACCAGACCAAGGCAUUCUGGGAAGGGUGUAACCAAAAAUUGGCGGACACUCUGCGGAUCCCCAGUCGUCGUCUGCUCCGGGACAGCAAGAAUCACCCUGUGUCCAUCCCCAGUGCUGGACGCUUUUCCUCUCACUUGCUACUCCUCUUUAAUGACAUCUUCGUCCAUGCUCAGUACAACCUGAAUCAGGUGUUGCCCCUGGAGACUGUGUGGGUGGAGGUUCCUCCUUCCGAGUCCGACUCCGCACAACAGGUGGGCAUUAUUGUGACGUCCCCGGAGGAGACCGUGGACCUCAUUGCUGGCUCUCCUGCCGAGAAGGCUGAAUGGGUAAUGGCCUUGAACUCUGCAAUCAACAAAGUUCUGUCCAAUCAGAAGUCUUCCUCCUCAGGAAGGCGGGGCAGUGUGGACCGCCUGACUCCACCCCUCAUCCGCCACGCCAAGUACUCCUUCGUCAAGAAUGGAGUGUUUAAAGAUGCAACCUACUCAGGGUCCUGGUUAAAUGGCAAACUGCAUGGAUAUGGUGAACUGAAGUGGAAUGAUGGCAGGACGUACAUCGGCAUGUUCAAACAGGGACUCCAGCAUGGACAUGGAGUGCUGACGAUACCGAAGGGAAGUACCUCCACUGUGUGUAUGGAAGGCGAAUGGAAGGAUGGAAAGCUCAGUGGAUAUGGUAGCACCAGGUAUUCGAAUGGCGACUGCUACGAGGGGUAUUUCAAGGAUGGCCAGAGGUUUGGUCACGGGACCUACCGCCAGGGUCGUCACAUGUCUAGCAACGCCAGCAUCCACAUCGGGGAGUGGCUGGCAGACAAGCGCCAUGGCUACGGUGUACAGGAUGAUAUUCUUAGAGGUGAAAAGUACAUGGGCAUAUGGAAUGAUGAUGCGCGGCACGGCAAGGGCAUUGUCGUCACCCUGGAUGGGAUGUACUUUGAGGGCACCUUCUCAGCAAACAAACUAACCGGGUUUGGUCUGAUGCUGACUGAGGAUAACAGCUGCUAUGAGGGUCAGUUUGCUGGGAUCACACAGUUACAAGGCAAUGGUACAUUGAUCCUUCCAACAGGGGACAAGCUGGAGGGUUAUUUCAAUGGCUCAUGGAACGAAGACCUCAAGUUUAAUGGAACCUUUAUCAAGGCCACAAGUCCCCCUCCUGUUGAGAGGAGAUCCUCACACCUACUUGGGAUUAAUUCAGAUGUGUAUGGCAAGCUGUCUGUGCCUGCUGAACACAAAUGGGCUGAUAUUUUCCGCCACUGUUGCUCGUUGCUGGGUUACAAGGGAGACGGCAAGUCCAACUCCGACAAGGCCUGGGAAAGUGUGGCUGUUAUCCUCACCACCGGCAGAAAGCACCUGAAGGAGAUGGAGAAAUGUUCCCCACACAAGCUGCGGCACCAGAGUGUCAGCCUGGAGAGUCUGGAGACCAUCCCCGUCCACAACACCGGCAACCUCACCAUGGAGAACUACCACCAGAUCAAGGAGUACCUGCAGAAGGCAUUUGACACCACAUUCCACCCUCUAGGCAAGCUGAUGGAAAAUCUGGUGGACGUGUUCCGUGCCGCAUACAUCGGUGUUGGGGCCCAUCCUCGUUUGCUGCAUCACGCUAUCCAGGAGGUCAAGUCCUACGUCCAGCGCAUGUACAGCGUGGUCCGAAUCCUGUUCCCUGAUCUGCCGCUGAAUGGCGGACCGAUUCUGAUAUUCCGGGAGAUGUCGAGUAGAGACGGCCUGCCCAGGACAACAGAGGAGGCCCAGAAAUACUUCCAGCAGCCAACCAGGGAGAUGGAGGAGGAGAGCAUCAGCGAGAUAAUGACGGCAGCCGGCCUGCUGUACCCCCUGCUGCUGCCAAAGAUCUACCCGCCUCUGUUCGACCUGUAUGCCCUGUACAAUGACAAGGAUGAUGAGAAGUACUGGGAGAGGGUGCUCAAACUCAACAGACAGGGCGACAUGGCGCUCAUGGCCUACCUGGGGAUAGAACAGAAGUUCUGGUUGAUAGAUGAGGAACUCUUCCAUGACAAGGGACAGAAACUGUCCCAGCUGAGAGAUUACUGCUACGCCUCUGCCGUGGACACUCUUCAGCAAUUAAGCACAGCAUUCAGCCCCAUUGACAAGCUGAAGGUUCUGGAGAAGACGUUCCUGGAGAUUACAUCGACUGUCCAGUCUUCUCUCAGUGAGGAGCACAUGUGGUGCAUGGACGACCUCUUCCCCAUCUUCCAGUUCGUCGUCGUCCGGUCCAAGAUCCGGCACCUGGGUGCGGAGAUCCACAUGAUAGACGAUCUGAUCGAACACCACAUGGAGUAUGGAGAACUGGGCCUCAUGUCCACCACACUCAAGGCAUGUUACUUCCAAAUUCAAAAUGAGAAGAUGCCGCAUCACUGAUGCCUGGUUGCCUUUUGCAGCAGACAUGUGUUAUAUUCAUUAUCACAUCCCGGGAUGAGGCCUCAUCGAGAUGUCGGUGCUGCAUUACACUAUCUGUGUAUUCCACGCAUAUGUUGUACAUUGCCUCAUGAUAGAGUUGAAUCCAGUAGAAACAAGGCAGUGUCCCCGUCACACCAUCUGAGUCCCAUGAUUACCUCAGGCUGGAAGCCCAUCGUCUCUUCAAGUUGAUUGCUCCUCUCUCACAUGAAGAAAAAUCAACGUCUGUUCACACUUCUGUUCACACUUCUGUCAACCUCUCUGGGUGUCAGACCUUGUCAGGCCACAAAAAAACUGAUUAUUAGACUUUCAUCCACCUUUUUUUUAAAAUUCAAGGUAUGAGGCAUUUUAUUUUUUAUAUUUAAAACCAAAACUGUUCAUGUCAUCUGUGUACAUUUUCUGUCACUGAAGUUGAUUUACUUGAAGCCUGAAUAUAUGUAGGACUAUGUAUGUAAUGUAUUUCAUCAAGCAGAGAAAGAAUAGAACACACAUAGCUGUUUCUUUACUAAAAUGAUGUGAGGCGGGGUGUUCGGUGGUGAGGCAGGGGGUGAAUAUCUAACAGUUGAUUUCCUUACAUUGUCUGCCUGAGUCACCUCCUGCCGGAUCUGCCUGACCACAACAUGGCUGUGUCCUCCAAGAGCAGCUACAUCACAGCCACAGCAAGAAACAAAAUCAUGGGAACAACCCACAGAGCUCCCUGGUGGGAUUCUAUGAGAGAACAGGUCCCUAGUACCUCAAGCUUGUCCUAAGUGUGCAAGACUUGAUAACUACAAUGUUGCUCUGUAUGUGUGUACGUGGAUGAGGUUCUCCUGGCAGGUACCGUAUUUUCCUAGUGUGUCAUCAUACCUUUACGGUUUUCGAAUGAUGCGCUCAAACAUGACCACUAUUGUCUGCUGAGCGUCUGCCCCAAAAAUCAUUCAUUCAUUUUUUUAUAACUUCCAUAUAGUCUUAUCUUCAUCCAUCUGGUCUAGCAGCGUCUGCCAUCUGGCGUCUGCAUAGAUCGAUCCAUGAAUGUGGACAUUGCAAGGUCACACAAGGUCACACUGAUAGCUGUAAGUAGUCAACAAUAUUUUGGUAGAUUCAGUUUUUAGUAAUCAGUCCUCUCUGUACAUAUCAUCCCCUUGCUUUAAUUUUCCAAGUAAAUUUGAUUUGUUUACAGAUGUGUUUUCUGUAUGUAUACUUCUACUGUAUGUGUGCACUAUACAUGACACUACAGAUAGCAAUGUAUUUCUGCCACAGACAUAUGAAAUGGUCAAAGAUGUGGAAGCAGUUGUCGUAGUGUAGUAUAACAGUACCACCCAGUGUUUGAACAUUGCAGGACCCCCAGUGUACCCAGUUAUCUCCCCUGAUCAGUUGGUCAGUACAUCUGAACCAGAUCAGAACCACUGUUGUUUUGCUGUUUUGAUGAAUGACAGUUGCAGAAGCACCAACCCAAUCUACCAACCACAUAAUGGUCAACAACUUACCUCUGUUCCCAUUCUGGCUUAGAUCAGAUACUAUAUAAGGGUGUUCAUGGCCCAGUGGCCUAAGCCACGACACCUCACAGAGCCUACUUGUGUCUCUUGCUGCCAUAAGCCACGACACCUCACGGAGCCUACUUGUGUCUCUUGCUGCCAUAAGCCACACCUCACGGAGCCUACUUGUGACUCUUGCUGCCAUAAGCCAUGACACCUCACGGAGCCUACUUGUGUCUCUUGCUGCCAUAAGCCAUGACACCUCACGGAGCCUACUUGUGUCUCUUGCUGCCAUAAGCCACCGUUUCUAUGUUCAAAUCCCAGAUUGAGUAUGACCCUUGUACAGUCAGCCCCAUGGCUGUGCCCACCAAGUGAUGUACAUCACUAUCUGUGCCGUACUCAACUUGUAGAAGGCUAAAACAAACAAAAAUCUUGGUUCUUAGUCACCGCCCACAUCAUCAUAAAGUCAGCUGCAUGUUUUGUUUUUAUUUCCAUUUAAAAAAAAAAAAAUCCUAAUUCUUAAAAA